AUGGCAACGCCCUCGCCCUCAUCUUCACUCCUCCUCGAGGGCCGCCCUCCGGGCCUCUGGCCGCCGCCGGAGUGGAAGAAGAAGACAAAGCCACAGGCGGUUACCAGAGACUGGGCGGACCUGCCGCGUGAUGCGCUUCUACUGGUGCUCGAGAAACUGCACCAGGUGGACGUUCUCCGGGGACCUGAGCUGGUGUGUCGUCCCUGGCACCUGGCUGCCCGCGACGAGCCGUCCUUGUGGCGCCGCAUAGAUUUGCGGUUAAGCCAUCUCCCCGACCCCUCUUCCGUCUGGCGCUUCCACGAGAUGGGCUGCGCCGCCGUCCGGCGCAGCCGUGGGAGCUGUGAGGCGGUGUACAGCGAGGGCGCCAUCGAUGAAGAGGCCAUACCUCUCCUGGUAGAGUCGGCGCACUUGUUGAAGAGUCUUCGACUCAUCAACUGUAUUUGGAUCAAUGAUAGGAUCUGCUAUAACAUAUCACAUUUAGUUAUGCUUGAGGAGCUAGAAAUCUCAAACUGUGGUGUCCGCAAGUUCUCUUCCACAUGCUUCGCGGUUGGAUACUCUUGCCCGCACCUGAAGCGUUUCCGUCUCAGCAGUUCAUGUUUCAUUAAACGGCCUGUCUGGGGCGCGGUUGAUUGCGAAGUUGAGGGCAUCACCCGGAUGCGUGGGCUACGUUCCUUGCAGCUCUUUGCUCAGACUAUUAGCACAACUGGUUUGGCAGCCAUCCUCGAUAGCUGUGUGCAAUUAGAUUCUCUUGACAUUCGCCAUUGUUUCCAUGUUGAGAUGGGAGAUGAGUUAAUGUCAAGGUGUUCUAAGUUUGAGAUUUUAAGGCUCCCACAUGAUUCUACUGACGACUACGAUCUUGAGUUUUCAGCCCCAGAUAUGAGCACUGAGAGCCCACGACCACGACGCAUGCGCAAUUAUGGGGACGAGGGCGGUGCCUUUUUGGAGGAUGUAUAUUAG